GAAACCAGUAUUACAUAAACAAAGUCGUCACCCAGCUGGCCUUAAAAGCAUAAUUGUCGAAAAGUAUUUAUAUAAGUUAAAAAUUUUAAAUUAUACUUCUGUUAAUUAUUUUCGACAAUUAAUUCUGAUUUUUUAACAUUUUUUUGUCCUCUAACAGUAAAGUCAUGUGGGGAAGUUUCAAAUCUUAUUUUGGUCAUUAUUGUCCAUCUACCAUCCAAACCAGUCAACAAAAGGAGAGUGAAGACAUUGAAAGCUGGGUGUUUAUUGACAUCACUGGAAAAGAAAUUGACAGAAAUGCAGAAUCUCUGUUACUGGAUAAUCCAAAACAAAAUUGUGAAUCUCAUUUAAAUCCUCUUCCUCUCCUGGACAUAAGUAACACUAGUAGUACUCAAAGUUCUCCCCAGUUAAGCCCAACUAAAAUUGAAGAAGGCUGGCUUGUAGCUCCUCCUCCAUGCUUCACUCUUAACUGCCCAAGUAUGAUUGAAAUUUCCCCGUUAGAAGAUUUACUGAUUGAACAUCCAAGUAUGAGCGUUUAUAGCCAAAUUCCAAAUUCCUCAUUGGCUGGAAAAAAGGCAGAAGAAAGUAAAGAAAUAAUUAUUCAGUCAGAGAAUGAAGUAAAAUCUGAAUCUUACAGCUGUGAAAGAAAUGAUAAGCAAAGUCUUUCAGCUAAAGUUUGUGAAAAAAAUAGAGUCAGAUCUCUCAUUGAUCUCAAAGGCUUAAUAGAUCAGACUGAAAAUAUGAAACCUGCUCAACAAGCUAAAUGGGAGAAUGACCAAUAUAAACUUUGCCCAUCAUAUAUCAAUCGCCAAAACAGAGUUCAUCGUUAUCAGUCAAGAAAGCAUCACAAUCAAAAAAAGAAGAGUCUUGCCAAACCUUUUGCUGAAAAAGGAAAGCACAGUUUUUGACAUAUUUAUUAAUUUUUUAUGUUUGUUAAUUGUUGCAUUAAUAAUAAAUGCAAAUACUUACAUUUCGGUAAAAGUAAUUGCAUUUUCUUUGAAUGUUUAUGUUCAAUUUUUGCAUGUGUAAUUAAUAUUCCUUUUAUGAGUGAAUGUUUUAUUUUGUGGGUUUGUUGCUUAAGUGUAGUGUAUAGCAUCAUUGUAAACAUAAUUUUAAUUUUUUGUACAGUUAUUUAUAUUGGCAUCCUUUUUUACAUGCAAUACAUGAAUUUUAUUUAAAAUCUGUGAUCUUAAAUUUAGUUUUCCAUGUAUAUUUUAUACAUUUAUUGAAUUCAGAGGGUCCAGUUCAAAUUAUUAGGUAGAUGCUGUUACAGAUCUACUUAAUAAUUCAGUCAGUUAUUGUUUAAUAUUUUAGAUCAUCAUUUAUAUUUUCAUAAUCAAGUUAAAACGCAUGUGCCAGUGUUUAUAGAUUCUCUCUUCAUUAUUUGCAAAGCAUCUUAUACUCGCAUUUUAACAUUUUUUCCUCUAUUGUUUUGAAAGAAGUUGAUAUUUGCAUUUAAAAGAAAUAUUAAAAUUCAAAUUGUGAUUUGUAAAUUGCAAAUAUUUGUGCAUUAUUCUACCUAAAUAAAAUUAAUUUGGUAUUAUAUAAACAUAUUUGAUUCUCUAAAUUAUAAUUUAUUGUUAUUUACAAAUUUCUCAGUUUUCGUAGAGCAAGUAAAGUAUUGGACGUGUAAGUGUUUCAGUCAGAAAAAAAUAUUAUAAUUUCUGUAUUUUUUAUUAUUUUAAUGAGUAACAGAGAAAUUGCUAACAUAACAUAGCUGCCAACUCUCCCAUUUUUUCUCCCCAUCUCUGUAUUAGAUCUAGAAUCUCUCGGUUUUCUGUUUUUAGUUCUAAGGAAAAUAUUUCCGAGCUAUAAAAGAAAUUUAUUGAAUAAAUGAAACUUGAAGUUCAAAUUUCAUUGCCUGUCUUUAAUGAUUUUCAGCAUAAUUUUUCUUAAGUUUUUGAUAUCAAUAAUCUACUGUAGAUACAUACAGAACUUUUUAAUGAAGAUUUAAGCAGUAUUUAAUCUAAUACUUGAUUUAGUUUUACAUUUAUAUAUGAAACAUUAUUAAGUUAACCCAUACUAGCUAGUAUACUAGCAUAUACAUUAAUUAUUAAUUUUAUUUUCAUGGUAUUUAAAAGUACUUUGAUAGAUGAAAUCUUUCUAUCCCCACAUAUUUUCUCAGUAUAAACGUGUAAGAAAAUUACAAAAUGAAAUUAGCCAAAGAAUGUAAAAUUUACAAUUUUCUAAUUAAAUAUUAACAUAUGUUACAUUAAAACCAUAUUACUAUUAAUUUAACUUGAAUAAUGUAUUAUAAAAUGAAUUUAAUUCAGUUUAUAUUAUAAAAGAUUUAGUUUUACAGACUCAGUUUAUAUUGCAAAGUGAAUUUAAUUCAGUUUAUGAAUUUGAAUUUAAUUUCAGAGUGUUUUGAAAUGGCUGCAUCAUACAGCUCAAAAACCUCAUAGAAAGUCCUGCUUUUUGCAUUUCAGAAUUAGUAUAGUAGAUGAGUAUUAUAAAUAGCUCAGUAACUUGAAUUAUGCAUUAUAAAGUGAACUGAAGUUGAUUUAGCUUUCUCUUGAAAUCAUGUUUCAACCUGCCGGUUGUUUGUGAGAAAAUAUUAUGAUUUUUCAUGCUUCAAGAUUGGCAGCUAUGUGGUAGUCAUUUUCUCUCUGUAUGUAAUUCAGUAAUGUAUUAAAAAUAUGAACAUCAUUUUGUAUAUGCAAAUAUUUUUAAUGAAAAUUUUAAAUUAUUAAAAUAUGAUUCUUAUUUUUGUUCUUUUAUCAUGCAAAAUAAGAAAUGUGAUAUUAUACAUAAUAAAAUUUUCACGGUAUUCUUUUAUGUGUUUUAAGUGAUUUUAAUAGCAUUUGUGUAUUUAUUACCUGUAGUCAUUUAUUGUGAUUGUAAAUAGUGUUGUCUUUUAUAUUUAGAUGUAAACACAUAUAUUACUAUUUGUGUAAUUUAAUUAAGUAAGUCUGGAAACAUGGAUGUUAGUUUAUGUGUAGCAGUAUAAUUUAAAAGAUAUGUGUGAAUGUAUUCUUACAUAUACAAAUGUGCAAUGUACUAUAAAGGAUUUAAUGUAUAAAUGAAUAUGUUAGGUUUAAAAAAAAUAUUUAAAUUUCAUCCAUUAGCUCAUAUAUAUAUAUACACACAUCAUAAAGUGCCUUUUUAUAACAGGACAAUUUUGUAUUCUACUAGACAAUUUUUGUAUUUAAACAGAUAUGUACAGAUGCUUAGAUGCUUUAUUAGAUCACAUUCCAAAUAUGUUUUAAGUAUAAUUGUCAUUCUGUAUGCAUAAAGCCAAGAAAAAAAUUCCUGAUAAAAAUAAAAAAUAAAAUAAAUGAAUUGUUUAUUUUC